GGGUGUUGAUAAUUGAUGGCUCUGCGUUCGCUCUCUCUCCAGGCCACGACGCCCAUGUUUCGCGAGUACAUCGCUCAGGUUCUGAAGAACUCCAAGGCCAUGGCCGACGCGCUGCUGAAGAAGGGCUUCACACUCGUCUCCGGAGGAACCGAUAAUCAUCUGGUUCUGGUGGAUCUGAGGCCUCUGGGAAUGGACGGAGCGCGUGCGGAACGAGUUCUGGAACUGGUGUCCAUCACGGCCAACAAGAACACGUGUCCCGGAGACAAGAGCGCGCUCACGCCCGGUGGCCUUCGACUGGGAACCCCUGCACUCACGUCACGCCAGUUCAAGGAAUCAGACUUUCAUCAGGUUGUGGAUUUCAUAGAUCAGGGCAUCAAGAUCGCUGUGGACGUGAAGACCAAGACCAAGAAACUGUCUGAUUUCAAGAGUUUCCUGCUGGAAGACGCAGAGACGGCGUCUCGUAUCGCUGAUCUGCGUUCACGCGUCGAGGCUUUCGCCCGUCCGUUCCCAAUGCCUGGAUUCCACGACCAUUAAACCGGAGAUCUGGGUAAAACGGAGCGGAUCGAUUCCCGUGAACACACACCUACGAAGAGGCCUAUUUUUCUUUUAUUUCUUUAGCUUUAUGAUCAAUCACUAGUUUAUUAAUCAUUCACUGGUACUGAAAGUCUUAAAGUGACCAGUAGUGCAUGUAGGAAAUCUCCCAAUC